AUGUCCGACAUGUCCUCCCGUGACUCCUUCUACGACUCCCUGUCAGACGUGGCGGAAGAUGGCGAGAACGCAGACUUCUUGCCCGGCCUGUCGGCCUUCCUCAGCCAGGAGGAGAUAAACAAGAGUCUGGACCUGGCCCGCAGAGCCAUAGCCAACUCAGAGACAGAGGACUGCGACUCGGAAAGGGAGGACUCGCAGAUUUUCAGCCCCUCUCCUGGGAGCCUCUGGGGGUCGCCUCCCCCUCAGGGGGCCAGGCCGGGUGAGCACCUGUCCCCAGGGACGCCUGGCGCACACAAGCCCACACCUGUCCCGCCGCUGCCAGCAGAACGAGCCGAGCGCAUCUCCUCGCCUGCGUCCAGGAGGAAGCCCGGCGUCUCGCCCCUGCUGGCCCGGCCCAGCUACAUCCGGAGUCUCCGCAGGGCAGGGCAACACGGUGCCAAAGCCCCCAGCGCCAGUGCCAAGCCCAGAGCCACGCACGGGGGCAGGGCCGGGCCCCAGAGCCCGCUGUGCAACAAGGCGGCCACCCUCAUCGAGGAGCUGACGGCCAUCUUCAGAGAAACCUCCAAGCCGAGAACCAGGAACCCCAACGGGGAGUCCUCAUCCCCGGACAGCGGGUACCUGUCCCCUAAGAACCAGCUGUCAGCCCCGAUGAGCGCCUCGGCCAGCCGGAGCCCAACCGGGGACCAGCAGGAGGUGGAAGCCGGGGCCGAGCCCCUGGAGCCCGGGCAUCACCCCGCGGCGGCCCGGGACGUGGUCCAGCCCAGCCGGAGCCCCUCUCCCCCGGCUGCCCGUCACCUGCUGGCCGCUCCCCGGUUCAUCCAGAAGCUGCGGAGCCAAGAGGUGGCAGAAGGAAGUCGGGUGUACCUCGAGUGCAGAGUCGCCGGGAACCCACCUCCUCGGGUCAGAUGGUUCUGUGAGGGGAUCGAGCUGCACGACAGUCCCGACAUCCAGAUCCGCUGGGACGGGGGCGACCUGCACACGCUGGUCAUAGCUGAGGCCUUUGAGGACGACACAGGGCGCUACACCUGCCUGGCCGCGAACCCCGGUGGCUCUGACACCACAUCGGCCGAGGUGUUCAUUGAAGGUGCCAGUUCAACAGAUUCUGACAGUGAAAGUUUAGCGUUCAAAUCAAAACCUGGAGCCAUGCCACAGGCUCAGAAGAAAACAACUUCCGUUUCCUUGACGAUAGGAUCAUCAUCUCCAAAGACAGGGGUGACCACAGCCGUGAUUCAGCCACUGUCUGUCCCUGUUCAACAGGCUCCCAGCCCCACCUCGUGCCUCUGCCGGCCAGAUGGACCCACAGCCGCCUGUUUCCCGCCUGUUUUCACCAAGGAGCUGCAAAGCAUCUCGGCCUCCAAGGGACAGGCAGCCGUGCUGGAGUGCCGGGUCCGAGGCAUGCCCCCGCUGCAGGUCCAGUGGUUCCGACAAGGCAGUGAAAUCCAGGACUCUCCAGACUUCCGGAUCCUACAGAAAAAACCUCGAUCCACAGCUGAACCUGAGGAGAUCUGCACCCUCGUUAUAGCAGAGACGUUCCCUGAGGACGCUGGGAUCUUCACGUGCUCGGCGAGCAAUGAUUACGGGUCAGCGACCAGCACUGCUCAGCUGGUGGUCACCUCAGCCAACAUGGACGCCUGCAGCUACGACUCAGCCGGAGAGGCCAGCAGUGGCCGCUUCCAGCCCUCCCCGCUGCCCCCUCCAAUCUGGGACACCGGCUCUUUCGAGUUGGCUUCACAGAAACCAGCUGAGAUCCAGCACGUGACCGGCCCCGUGUUCGGGCUGAGCCCGACGGCCCUUCAGUUCAAUUCCGCCGCGGAGAGGGAAACCAACGGCGUCCACCCGGGCCACGGAGUGAAUGGACUGAUGAACGGCAGAGCUGAUGGCAGCAAAGCUCUUCCCAGCGCAGCCGUCCUGCUGUCACCCACAAAGGAGCCCCCCCCUCUGCUUGCCAAACCGAAACUGGGAUUUCCCAAGAAGGCCAGCAGAACUGCCCGCAUUGCCUCGGACGAGGAGAUCCAGGGCUCGAAGGAUGCCGUCAUCCAGGACCUGGAGCGGAAGUUGCGCUUCAAGGAGGACCUGCUGAACAACGGGCAGCCGAGGCUGACGUACGAGGAAAGGAUGGCACGGCGGCUGCUGGGUGCCGACAGCGCGACCGUCUUCAACGUCCAGGAGCCUGAAGAGGAGGCGGCCAGCCAGGACCCUGGGUCUCCUCAUGCUUCUGUAGGGAGUCCUCUGGAUGGUCAAAAGGAGUACAAAGUCUCCAGCUGUGAGCAGAGGCUCAUCAGUGAAAUCGAGUACAGGCUGGAAAGGUCCCCUGUGGAGGAGUCGGGGGAAGAGGCUCCCUGUGGGGACGCGUCUGUGGAGAGUGGAGUGGCCCCAUUCUUCGAGACGAAGCUGAAGCAUUUCAAGAUCUUUGAGGGGAUGCCCGUGACCUUCACGUGCAGAGUGACCGGGAAUCCAAAGCCGAAGACCUACUGGUUUAAAGAUGGGAAGCAGAUCUCUCCCAAGAACGAUCACUACAGCAUCCGGAGCGACCCUGACGGGACCUGCUCUCUGCAUACCGCGGCCUCCACCCUGGACGAUGACGGGAAUUACACGAUCAUGGCUUCGAGCCCUCAGGGCCGCGUCAGCUGCACGGGACGGCUGAUGGUGCAGGCCGUGAACCAGAGAGGCCGCAGCCCCCGCUCGCCCGCCGGCCAGCCUCACGGCAGAAGGUCUCGUUCGAGAUCCAGGGACAGUGCCGACGAAGGUGAACCGAUUCAGGAACGAUUCUUCCGACCGCACUUCCUGCAGGCUCCCGGGGACCUGACGGUCCAGGAGGGCAGGCUCUGCAGGAUGGACUGUAAGGUCAGUGGGCUGCCAACCCCCGAUCUCAGCUGGCUGCUGGACGGCAAGCCCAUCCGCCAGGACAGCACCCACAAGAUGCUGGUGCGAGAGAACGGGGUGCACUCUCUGAUCAUCGAGCCCGUCACGGCCCGGGACGCCGGUGUCUACACGUGCAUGGCCACCAACCGGGCUGGACACAACUCCUUCAGCCUGGAACUCGUGGUCGCAGCUAAGGAAGCGCACAAGCCCCCCGUGUUCCUCGAGAAGCUGCAGAACACGGGGGUGGCGGACGGGUACCCGGUUCGGCUGGAAUGCCGCGUGUCCGGGGUGCCGCCGCCGCAGAUAUUUUGGAAGAAGGAAAACGAGUCGCUCACUCACAGCACGGACCGCGUGAGCCUGCACCAGGACAGCUACGGCUACGUGUGUCUACUCAUCCAGGGAGCCACCAAGGACGAUGCUGGCUGGUACACGGUGUCGGCCAAGAACGAGGCGGGGAUCGUGUCCUGCACGGCCCGGCUGGACGUCUACACCCAGUGGCAGCAGCCACCGCCAAGCGCCAAGCCGAAGCGGGUGCGGCCCUCGGCCAGCCGCUACGCCGCGCUCUCGGACCAGGGACUCGACAUCAGGGCCGCGUUCCAGCCCGAGGCCAGCCCGUCCCACCUGAUGCUGAGCCCCGGCCUGGUGGAGAGCGAGGACCUGUGAGCUGGCGCUCUCCACGGAGCCCAGACGCUGAAACCACCGCUGCCUUGACCCACACCCUCCUCUGUCACAGGACGUAAAAGGCAGAAACAUACCUUUGGCUCUAAGAAACAAAAGGACACCAAAAUCCUACUUUUCUUCCUGGUAAACCAGACGUAGAGGCUGCGUACGCGAUGCUGAUUGAUAGGAAUGCACACCUUGCACGGAGAAUUCACAUUCAUCAGCCAAUUUAAAACUUUGGGAAGUGCUGCAAAUCAGGGGGUCUGAAAUGCCGAAGUGCUAACGGAAAAAAGGUGACCAUGACCUGUGUUGUCCCGGGUGUCUUCCCUAGCGUAGGUGCUGCCACCCGGCGUGAGGUCGGGGGGCUCCCCGGAGGUGGCUGCACCACAGGGGACACCGCCUGGGCUCUGCGGGGCAGUGUGCUCACGCAGCCAGGGACCCACGUGGGGCAUGGGACAAGGAGGGCGCCACCAGGAAGCCCAAGGAAACGCCCGUCCGCGAACGGCUUGCCACUAAACCGUGCGCAAGGAGCCACCUGCCUUCAGUUCUGUGAACAUCAAGAGUUUUCUAACAAGGCCAAGACCUUCGUUCUUAACCUUUUUUUCUUUACGUGUAGUAUUUUCUUUUCUCGUUACCUUGGUAGGGCGCUUACUUACAAACCAUAUUAAAAGAAUGCGAAGUACUCUGAAUAAAGAAGAAGCAUAUUGCAGUCCAUUCCACGAAGGGCAUCCCAGCCACCCAAGUGACCAAGGUGUGUAGUAUCUGGAGGAGACGGGUCUGGAAGGGGCGGAGAGGAGAGGGAAAGGAAGCACGACCAGACAGACUGUGCUCACUUAGAUGAAAGCAGCGGAGCACGAGAUGGUAAAGGCCAGGCUUUUCUUUGGUUUUCUUCAAACUUACUUAACCUAAAAUAGAAGCGACAAAACACCGCCAUUCCCAAGUCAGGAACUCGAGGGUCAGCCGGAGGGAAGCUCGUGCUCGGGACACUGCAGUGUCGGAGCUGGUGCCGCAGCGGGAGAUUGAGGUGCGCACUGCAAGUUGAAUAUGGGCUGAGCUGCGAGAUUGUCAUGGAUCAGAGACAGCCUGUGGGCGCUAAUCUACUUGGGGAGACAAAGACGGGGGUGCCGGCAUGCAUUUUCUCCGUGGCACCGCCAUACGGUGGAUGGAAACUAUUCACUUCCCUGCUGCCACGAGACCUUUUGCCUUAAGAAGGUGCUGGGUUCCAAGUAGUUUGUAAAGGCAUCUCGGCAAAGACUGCUUUCUGAAUGCCUGUGAUUCUGCAUCAGCUAGAUGGCGUGGAUGGAUUCUGACCAGACUUGACUUGACGGUUUUAAGUCAGAACAAAUAAACUUUAAAAAGGAGAAAAAAAAUUUGGGCUGAUAUUAUAAAACCUGAGUCUUUAAUGGUACUUUCCUAUGAAGAGAACACACUGUAUUCCUCAUGCAAAACACAUUUAUCUUUCAUUAUUUAUAAUACAAAUGUUGAACUCUUAGCUCAGUUACUCCAUUCAAUACGUAGUAUUUUUUAAGUACUUUUGUAUCUGUGUGCCACCGUGUAUAUCCCAUUGCACUGCUUCACAUGGACAGCUUUCUACUUCCUUGUAAGAGCACCAACCAAGCGAGCUUUAAAUGCCAGGCCGGAGCUCUGGUGCCCACGUUCUGUGCAGAGUGGCACAUGUCUCUGACCACACCUACGUGCAUUGCUGAUGUCGGGUUUCAGACACCGUGCAAAGUCUCUCCUGGACCUUUCUAUACUGUAGAAUUAUGACUUAACAUCAUCUCUUCCUUGCCAAAUUUUUCUGAAUGUGACUUUUUGCUGAUUUGCUGGGUUUGGGAUUAAGUAGCAUUAUUUUGCCACCUUUCAUGUAUUUAUAAAGAAAUAAGUACGAUCUUACCACUUUGGAUUGUUGUGCUGGUGUAAUGUGGAUUUAACAUCAAUAAAUAUUUAACAAAUAAUAGUUGCAAUUUUAUGAAGCAAAUAUUCAGUCGUUUUCAUUUUCUAUUGCUUGCUGUAAUAAACUGGUACAGACUAGAA